AUGUCUUCUCUAAGAUCAACCAUGUCAAAUGGUCCUUCUAAAUCAACCUUUGACGAGCAUCGAUGGGUGAUUCACAUCCGCAAAACCCUGGAAGAAGAGCUCGAGGAAGAUGGUGAAUUUGCUGUAUCCAUCUUCAGUGUGCCCAAGCUUCUCAUGGCAAGUGAUCCUGACUCGUACGUCCCCCAACAGGUUGCGAUUGGUCCUUACCAUUAUUGGCGUCCCGAGCUAUAUGAGAUGCAAAGGUACAAGAUUGCAGCAGCAAAAAGAUUCCAGAAACGACUACAAAGCUGCAACUUGGAUACUCUGAUUGAUCAAUUGACCAAGUUGGAGCAAAGGGUUCGAUCAUGCUACCACAAGUUCUUGGAUUUCAACGGGGAAACACUGGUGUGGAUGAUGGCAGUUGAUGCCUCGUUCUUGCUUGAGUUCCUUCAGGUUUAUGCCAUGCAGGAAGGAGCAAAGGUGCAAAGGGUUUCCAGCAGCAUGUCGCAUUUAGUGGACUAUGCUGGGAAGAAAUCAGCUCACAAUGCGAUUUUGAGAGACAUUGUGAUGCUUGAGAAUCAAAUCCCGUUAUUUGUGUUGAGAAAGAUGCUGGAGUUCAAAUUCUCAUCACUGGAAGCUGCUGAUGACAUGCUGAGGAUGAUGUUCAUAGGGCUGUUCAAAGAGAUUUCUCCGUUCAAAAUGAUGGAGGAGUAUCCAAACAUUCAGGUAUCAGAGAGCGUGCAUUUGCUAGAUUUCUUGUACGAUGUGAUAGUGCCAAAAUCAGAACAACAACCAGACACAAUCGAAGCUGAGGUUCAACAAGAAGAAGAACAAAACCAAGGGAAUGAAAAUGAAGAAGGAAGCUCAUCAGACUCCAGCCAUGUUAAGCAAUUCUUCAGUGAAAUAUGGAAGCUUCUUUCAAAGUUAAACAAAGGGCCAGUGAAGUUAAUAAAGAAGGUAAUAACUGUGUCAAAACCUCUCAAAGUCAUUGUUCAGUUGCCUUGGAAAAUCGUUUCCAACCUUCCAGGACUCAAGCUUCUGAAGCAACCUGUUGAAUAUUUCUUCUUCUCUCAAGAAAAAGGAGAAAAUAUGAGUUCAAGCUCCAAAACUCUCAUGAACAAGCCACCCUCAGUGGAGGAAAUCACCAUUCCUUCUGUUACAGACCUCUUGAACUGUGGUGUUCGUUUUGUAGCUACUGCUGGAAGCAUAUCAAACAUCAGUUUUGACUCCAAAACGCGAACUUUUUAUCUUCCCACAAUAGGUUUGGACGUUAACAGUGAAGUUUUCCUGAGAAACUUGGUUGCGUAUGAAGCAUCGGUUGCAUCGGGGCCGUUGGUUAUAACCCGUUACACUGAGCUGAUGAACGGGAUUAUAGACUCGGAGGAAGAUGCAAAGAUUCUGAGAGAAAAAGGGAUAAUUAUGAACCAUUUGAAGAGUGAUAAAGAGGUGGCUAACCUAUGGAAUGGAAUGAGCAAGUCGUUGAGAUUGUCGAGGGUGGCAGAAUUGGACAAAGUGAUUGAAGAUGUUAACAAGUAUUAUAACUGUAGAUUGAAGGUUAAAGUUGUGAAGUUCAUGAAGGCUUAUGUGUUUAGUUCUUGGCAGUUUUUGACAUUCCUUGCUGCCAUAUGCCUCUUGCUCUUGAUGGCUUUGCAAGCUUUCUGCUCUGUCUACACUUGCAGUCGUUUUUUCCAAUCUGCACUAAAUUCCAGUGAUUAA